AUGACGGUGGAAAAGGCUGCAAACGAAGGAAACAUGAGACAGCUGUAUGACACGACAAAGAAACUCUCUGGAAAUCGCCGCAAACCAGAACGACCAGUAAAAAGCAAGGAAGGCGAGGUAAUCAUCAACAUUGAAGAGCAACAAAACAGGUGGGUAGAACAAUUCAAAGAACUCUUGAAUCGACCAGCUCCACUGAACCCACCCAACAUCGAAGUAGCACCCACGGACCUCCCAAUCAAUGUUGGCCCACCAACAAUUGAAGAAAUCAGCAUGGCCAUCAGACAAAUCAAGAGUGGCAAAGCAGCAGGACCAGACAACAUUCCAACAGAGGCACCGAAAGCAGACGUGGCGGUAACUGCAAGGAUACUCCACAUUCUCUUCAAUAAGAUUUGGGAUGAGGAACAA